UCGGCAUUUCCAUCAUUUUCCUUUAACCAUGAACGUAUUUCUAAUCUAAUCAUCGCAAUCAUCAUUCCUUCAGAUUAUCGGUACAUUAUUUAGAUGAUAGAAAAAAGGCGAAUCAAUCCAUAAGUGUGACUUAACACGCGGACGGGCAGAAGACUAUUGCGCGAGGAGCAUUGAUUGUGGGUUCAACUUUUAUUGUUUUUUGCAUGAUCGUUGCGCGGUUGUUGCAGCCACGCUGCUGCUGCGUAUUAUUGUUGCUGUCUGACUCUGGCCGUGGCUGCUUCUAUCAAACCAGGAGGACUCGAUUUUCCUGCAGGACACAGGAGGAAGGUGUACGUGGACACCUAAAAGGAUCAUGGCAGGCUCUACGAAAGACGAGCCGCUUUCCAAACAGGAGCAAGAGGAAGAGGAAAUGAGACACGAGCUCUCUAAUGCUGGUCUUUUUGAAGAAAACAUGAACAUCAAUGAGAUGAGAGACCUCAUGAAAGCCCUGAAUGCAUCGAAAAUAGAAAUGAAUGAAUCAAAAACAGAAAUAAACGUUCGAACGUCUCCGAUUUUAUCGUCUGCUGCUUCAAAGCCACAAAUUUCACCAGAAACUACCAAAACAAUUUUACACAGGCCUCUUCCUAGUUUUUCUUAUCGAAACAUUGUACUUGCUAGUGAUACAACAGUAGCAGGGCCUGCUUAUGAAUUGUUAAAAAAAGGAAAGACUUCUGAAUCUGUGUAUGAUGAGUCCUUCGAAACGAGUAUAAACCAGACUGAUAGCCCUAGUAAUGAAUCCACCCACGAAAAAAAUUCUUUUUUCAAUUCAGAUGAUUCUCCAUCGUUGAACUGUAGGUCUGGUUCAAAAGGCAAUAAUGAUGGCCCAAGACUAAGAUCUCACGGAAAAAAACCGACACCAACUAUGGUUAAAAAAAUGAAUUUGGACAAAUUUAAAAUAAACGAGUUCAUUUUUGAUGAAAAUUUCAAAAUACCAAAGGAGAUGGAACAGGCAAAUUUAAAAAUAAACCCAAAUUGCUUUGAUGAUGAAUACUUGAAUUCGGAAAAGUUUCAAGAAAUGUUGGAGCACAUGUGUAAAGAAAUGGACAAACUUCACGACCAGUUCGUCGAUGCAGAAGUAACAAAAAUUAUUGAGAAUCAAAAGUCACAAUGGGGGGCACCCAUCAAGGUGGGUACCUCCAAACAAACGCAUCUUUAUUUAAAAUAGUUAAAAACGUGUUCUAAAGAAACAAAAACUACUAUUAAGAUUCAAAAUUAAAUUAAAAAAAAUAAAAUUAAUUUAUGAAGAUUCACGUUUUAACAUAUUAUAAGCUUUAAUAGUCCACAUCGUGGAGUACAAC